CGUAGAGGGUUGCAGGACCAUCACCUAGAUUUGUAGGGAAUGAAAUAUUUCCUUUGAGGAUCUACUAGCAAAAGUGCUUCAUUAAAAAGAACCAGUUGACCAUGUUCACGGGCGUUUUCCUGUUUGGCGGGUUCAUUUUCUUUUCCGUGUACCGCCAUUUUGUCACGUACAGCAGCUCUCUGGCCGGCAGCUGGUGGGCGGCGUAUUACCUGUGGUUCUACCUCUUUCUGCUAUUGCUCUUUUGCGUGGACCUGUACCAUAUGCCUUGCAGAUAUGAUGUCUGGGUCGUCUGGAAGAGUUCCUGAUGCGGAUUCGGGAGCCGGCAAAAAUUUGUAUUGUAUGAGUUCCAAAUGAAGCUGUCCAUUUCGUGCUGCGCAAGUGGAGAAUUUCUCAUGCGGGGUAGGCAUGAAGAUCAAGAGGCCUUCGCCUUCUGCGCAAAACCUGUAAAAUAAAUGCUUCUGAGUGCAGUACUAGAGACCAGGUGGACCACCAUUUUUGCGUGAUCCAAAAGAUGCAUGACAAACUAAUGCACUUUCUUCAAGGAGACCCAGAGGUAUUUGCCGUGCAUAUACCAUGUGUACCGUUACGAGAUCGUGGAGUACGAUUGGCUUACCGCAACGGACAAGUUUGGCAUCGGGCUCCUGCCCGAGGACGAGCAGAAGCGGUACUUUUUGCCGAACUGGCUGCGGCUCUGCUCCCUCACCACGCCCAUCUUCGUCAUCUUGGUGUUCCUCAUCUCAUUGGUGCACACCAUGCAGCACCACUGGCACAUUAGCGCCGUGCUUGGGAAGCGGUGGCAGCACAUCGUCGCGGAACGAGCGAAGGCGUCCGGGGGUGCAGGAGCCGCCCCCACUUUCCCGCAAGUUGUACCAGAAGAGGGAGGCGAGCACGAGCAAGGGGGCGAUGUUGGUCCACCGUCGACGCAGCUGGAGGACAAGAACUCGCAGUUCUAUCAGGACCUGCAAGAGUAUUUAAACUUUCACACCAAGAGCAGCAGCGAUACGGAACAGCAUCAAGUCGGAGGUCUGGAAGGUAUUAGUGGGAAGCAGGAGAUGAAAAGGAAAAAUGUCAAGAAAGUGGAUCCGUAUCUCGAGGCGCUCUUCCCGCACGACCUGUCGAUUCAAGUUAUUGCACUGCCGUGUGUCUAUUCCAUGAUGGCGUUCAAGUCUGUCGUGCGGGUUUGGAUGAUGAUGACUGCGUUAUGCAGUGCAAACAUGUAGUCUUGGUCUGGACGUCGAGGAGUGCUGAAACAAGGGGUGCGCAUUCGGGAUGUCGAUGCAAAAUGCUGUGAUGCAUGAAGUGCCGGAGGGCCACAUAUGAGUCUCCUGCCAGGCGAAAGUCCGAUUUCUCAUGCUAUUUAUAUGCAUCAUGUACACUUGGAGCAAUUUCUCAUGCCUGGCUGGGUAAGGAAAUCCGUUGCUCGUGCUCCUGGGGAGACAAGCACUACUAUGUUUCCGACUGAGACGUAUUUGCAAAGCACAUGCGUCCACGCACAACAACAACGUGGCCGACAUCGAGUCGCGGAAACAGCUAUCGCAAGGGAAAAACAACUGUUUCGCCGUGAACUUGUAUUGCAGAGGAUGCAACCUACCACCUAGAAGUGUUUGUCUUGUUGUUGCACCACAUGCAAGACAGUGGAUGCGUGAUACCCAUGGCAGAUUUUUUCAUUCAUGUGGAGGAAAGUUGUAAUGCAAAUCGUGGAAAAUAGCCAGUGUGAAACAGUUUUUUCGUGCGAUAACAGCAACUGAUGGACUACUACGAAAGCAACUACCAGUAUGGAGGAAAAAUACUGUAUGAAAAGGGUAACUUUCUUGUUUUGCAGACUAUGCAAGACAGUUGCACUUGUGAUGCUGGACAUUCGUCAUAGGCUAGUUUCGUAGGUGUGCGGUUCGCGUCUUACACACGCAUAUACAACAAGUCUUUAUAAUUUCUGUCACGCAAAACGUACAAAUCGAAAUCUGUGAAGCUACUCGCUCAAAAAAGUUAGAGUUACACUGACACGGUUUCUUUCCUGGAUACCCAGCUUGCGGACCUGUACGAGGCCUGGGCGAUCUGGUGUUUCUCGCGGUUGUGCGUCCGACAGGUGUAUGCAUUGCACGUGUGUCUGUGUCUGGACGGGUGCAAGGUCGUGACGUAUCCUGCGGACCACGAGACAAACGCAAACCUCUGCUGCAUUGCAUGAAGAGCACGAUCCAACUACUUUUUGCUACGGACAGGUGGCAUUUCUCAUGCAGGAUAAGCAUCAAGAAGCCCGCACGAAACCCGUCGCAGAUGCUGCGUUCUGCACCAUCCCAGACACCCUGCGUGGGUCAUGCCAAAUCUCGGUGACAAACUUAGAUCUGUAGAAUUUUUUUUCUUGGGACGCCCGGCCCUUAGCCUUCCACCAUGACAAACCUAGAUCUCCUGCACAACUCGCCCAGACCCAGACAUAAUUGCAGUUGAGAGUGUGAAGAACAUCUCGCGCCAGGAGCGGUGGGAAGGCACAGCCAAGCGCUUAUUCAAACCGCUGUCCUCGAUCACGCUGCUGGGGGUGCAGACCUUUGUGUUGGUCUACGGGAUCAGCUGCUUCUACCAGCUCCUGCUCUCCGUGUUGAAGAAGACGCUGAGCAUCGACCUGGAGGACAUCCCCGUGGUCGGUUCGGGCAUCGAAACGGUCGCCACCUACAUCAACGGCGCCGGCUUCGUACCAAGAGUGAAAACUAGUAUAAUCGCAUGCGCGGAAUAAAGUAGAUAAAAAACGCGUGUGCCGCGAAGUGGUAGUGGAGAGGUUCGUGCCCUAUAUGUGGCUGUCAGUUAAUAUUUCUCCGCCACUUUUAUUCGAUCAAGAGCACAGGAAUAUCAAAAUGAGUUGUACGUCCGAAGUAGAUUUAUGCGUGGUCAUGUCUCGUCCCGAUAAAGAAGAUGAUCACGGAACUAGUUACUUCAGUAGAUAGAAUCUGUUGCCUAUAAAGCACUAUGCGCUAUAAUCUACGACUACUUCACCCUUGGCAUAUACCGUCGCGUCCUGUCUCGCGCUCUACAACAUAAUCCUGUUCGAGACGCAGUUGCAUGAAUGGCUCGACAAGUUCGAUCCGUUUUGGAAAUUCUGGGGCGCCAAAAUUCUCGUCUCGCUCGCGUUUUUGCAGACUUUUGUGCUGUAUGCUCUGCAAAAGUAUCGUAUUCGUACUAAUCGCAGCACAGCAUGACAAAUCUAGCUUGUUACCAGAAUCAGCAUCACAAAUUGCAUCUUCCCUGCUGCAAAAAUUUGUCAUGCUAUUUCUACUGGAUCGAUACUUUUGCAAUGCAUAUGCGAAAGCUGAUCCUCGUGGACGUAUUUGGGCUGCUGACCGUGCCGCAGGAGAUGCUGUUUUACUCCACACUGACGACGAUGGAGUGUCUACCGAUCGCGAUUUAUGCAAGAAAAAAACUGUCGUGUGAGUGUAAGUCAAAGUCUGUGACACAGAGCAUGCAACACACUUACACUUGUCAUGCUGGAAGUGCGUCAUAGCCAUUGUUCAUAGUACGUGUUUUCACGUACUAGCUGCGCACGAUGUAAUGCAAAGCGAGCUCUUUGUGACGCUGCUCUUCCAGUGGUACACAGUUGGGCGUACACAGUUUUUUUUUCUUGGAUACGGUUCUGCACAUGAAGGCCUGGAGCCACACCAGCGAGUGGUAUACGGACCCGGAGUGGAUGCUCGGUAGCGCGGACGCUUCUCUCCACAACUCGCCCCGGGGUUCGGCCGCUGGGACGGCAGAAAAGCCAGACUCUAAUGCGAGGAAAAUAAGCCCAGGAGGUGCGCGGGGGCCGCGCGUUAAUCUGUUGGAAACUUCUAGUACGGGGGGCACGGAUCACAUAAGGGGGUCGUUGGUCAAACCGCUACUUGUGGAGAAUCAGUAGCGGAAGCGUGUGUGAAAAAAGAAGCGAAACAGAAGAGUGCUUUCGACCGGUGUUCUUGUGCAUAGAAACAAAUACACAGGACCCUCAUGAUUUUGUUUUUGAGGCUUCCGCUUCAAUACACAAUACCUUCACGACUUGAACAAACAUGUGGCGCAACAAUAUGUUUUCGCACAAUGCUUGCGAGUGCCGUGCGUGGUCUGCACUCGAAUCUUGCAUUGAUCGAUCUACUCCAUGAAAAAAACCAAACUGUAGUCGAACAAGCGACUAAUACCACGGCAUGCUAGAAC